CUCUCUUCAUUGAUACUAUGCGACAGCAAGUUUCAGUGUUUUGUCUUUAUAAACAAGUCUUCUUCUCUAUUAAAACUCAUCUCAAAGCUUCUUCUUCUCUCAUAUCUCUGAAAAAAUGCCAAGCAACUGUGAGAUUCUCUGCGAGAUCAUUAUCGCGAUCCUUCUUCCUCCUCUCGGAGUUUGCCUCAGGAAAGGAUGUUGCACUGUGGAGUUUUUGAUUUGCCUGGUAUUGACUAUCUUAGGCUAUGUCCCGGGGAUAAUUUAUGCGAUUUACGUGAUUGUGUUUCAGAACCGUGAAGAGUACUUUGAUGAAUACAGACGCCCUCUCUACUCUGCUUGAUAUCUCUGUUUAAGAAUCUCUUGUUUCUUUGAAACUCUGUCGCUUUGAGUUGUUGUUGUACCAAUAAGUUUCUUUGCAGUUGUUUACUUAUGUACUGAGAGAUUUGAAAACCUUUCUGUGUUAAUACAAUUGGUUUAUCAUUUUUGGUGUGAAUGCGUGAUUGAAAGUUUCUA